AAGCGCUGGCCUCUCACCUCCUACUGGACGUCGGACCGCCCACCGGAGCGAGGACAAAAACAAUCGGCAUCCCUCAUAAAAUACAACAAACAGGAGGACCUAUACCGAAUUUUGGUAUUUUUUAUACCGUUUUUACCGACACGGACUCCACCGAGAGAGAAAUGGUCUCUCCGGUAACAGUGGUCAAGAGUGAAGGCCCCAAGCUGGUGCCAUUCUUCAAGGCAACCUGUGUAUACUUUGUCCUGUGGCUGCCCACCUCAAGCCCUUCCUGGUUCAGCGCACUGAUCAAAUGUCUGCCCAUCUUCUGCCUGUGGGUAUUUUUACUGGCACAUGGCUUCAGCUUCCUAGGUGCUCACUCCAGUGCCCGCAAGAUCUUGGCUGGCCUCAUCUUUUCUGCUCUGGGUGAUGCCUUUCUCAUCUGGCAGGAGCAGGGAUACUUUGUCCAUGGCCUCCUGAUGUUUGCCAUUACUCACAUCCUCUACUCGUCUGCCUUUGGGAUGAAGCCCCUUAACGUGUCUGCUGGCCUGAUGAUCACUGCUGUAUCCUCUCUGAGCUACAUGCUGCUGUACCCCUACCUGUCUGGCCCCUUCACCUACUUGGUGGCCGUCUACAUUGCCCUGAUCGGUUUCAUGGGCUGGAGGGCUAUCGCAGGCCUACAGCUGGCCAACGACCUGUGGACCUGGACCAAGAUGUCCGCCUGCCUGGGCGCUGUGCUCUUCAUGGUCUCUGACCUCACCAUUGCCGUCAACAAGUUCUGCUUCCCCGUGCCCCAUUCGCGUGCCAUCAUCAUGGCCACCUACUAUGCGGCCCAGAUGCUGAUAGCGCUGUCGGCCGUUGAGUGCCAGGACGUGGAGGUGGCCAGGAAAAGAACAUGAGGUACAGCAGCGAAGGUGGCAGCCACCCCCCCUCCGUCCCUGAGUGAUCAUGGACACAUCUCACUGCCAGAUCCCCAAACCCUCAACCCUUAUCUCAGUGUGGCGUUCCCACACUGCUGUUACCAUGAUGACUGGUCCACUACCAUCUUCACAUGGCUAUCACCCUACUACCCUGCUAGUAUGGUUGUCACACACCUGUCUUUUUACCACGAAGAUACAGUAGUAUUAUCUUCAGCCUCUCCUGACAACAGUCUUACCUGCCUCCACUGAUCCUAGAAUGGCUGUCUCUCAACCUAGUUACCAUGGAGACAAGUGUAGUAAUAUUAACCGGCUAUAUAUAGAGAGUAUUACUUUAAUUUUACCUGUUGUGUUUUAUUUUAAGGGGAGCAUGUCACUGGGGACCAUCAAUGAGUGUGUCUGUGGGAGAGCGAUUGUGUGUGUGUGCAUUUAUGUGUGUUUGAUCAACACUCUUACCUCGCUUUCCACACAGUCCCAUCACACACAUCCACCACUCUGACUCCCACCAGACACAUCUACUUUAUGUGGUCCAAUAAUACAAUUUAACAGCUUAUUUUUGUCAUCUGUUUUGUUGCCUGAGACUGUUAUUUUUUAUUUUUUUAUUUUUUUACAGACUUGCCCAUGUUUUGCUUUUCACUCACUGUUGCUCUGUGUUUCCCUGAAUUAAGGGUGCUAUUCUUAAAGUCAGGAGCAUAUCCACACCUGUUUUAUUAUCUGCAGUCCCUUCCAUUUACAACAACCACACUGCCUUUGUUCACUCCAGUAUUUAACAUCCUCAACAAAUCCACACCCAGUCUUUCCGGAUGAAUGAAUUAGGAUGUCCUUGAGUAAUUAGAUGAACAGAGAAAGAAUGACAAAAAAUAAGGCAAUGAGGUGCAAAGGCAAGGAGGGAAAGUUGCAUGACUGCAGCAACCACUGUUUAUUGUAGUUUUACUGAUUGAACACUUAUGUUAGGAGAGCUGGAGGUUGUUUGUGGAAGCUUGAUUCUUCCUGCUGAGAUGUUAUUGACACUGUCCUGCUGUCACAAAGAGAACAGUAAACACUGUAGUCACAGCAGAUCACUGUACACAUUAUAACAUGCUAUACAGUGCACCUGCUUCUCCUCUUGGUGUUAAGUCUCACAGGCUCACAGUGUUUUGCUUGCCAGUUUUUCAGAAACGUAAGUGCAAAUGUUGACAUGCUCACACACCUGGCACCUACAACCCCUGCUGUUUUAGUUAUUAGGAAAAGUUCGUGGGGGUCCUUAUUUAUGGACUAGAUCAGCCGACCCAUGAUGCCAUUGGCCUGGGACCAUGUUAUGAAGACUGAAAAGAAAGGGCUAUGUUACUGGCUGGAAUCUUUUAGUUUGUAAAAUCUCUGUGUGCAUCUGAACCUCAGAAGGCAUUCACUCACUCAUAAUGACACACACACAAACAUGCACAUAAGCAUACACAUUGCCGUGGACACAUUGCCGUGGGGCAGCCUGACUGAAAAAAAGAAAGGGAAAUGAGGGAACUGGCUUGUCAUGUGAGGGAACAGUUUUCCCAUUAUUCCCAAUAAAUCCCUCUCACAGGACACUUCAUCAGCUUUAAUCCUGCAAAAUCCCUGACAGGUUGCCUGAUAUUUUGUCUUUCAUCUAUCACACAUUUCCCCCUCUUACCUUUCAUUUGUUUUACCCUCUGCAAACGGUUUAUGCUAGGAUGGAGUGUCUUACUGAAUACUGAUAAGGUAUACUGUAAAUCGAUCUUCAUAUGUCUACUAAUAUGCAAGUUUUGGGUGUGUGAGCAUGUGUGAGAGUAUGCCUACUGCCUUUGUCUUAGCUGUUGAGUGAAUGUCUGUGUGUACCUGUGACAAGUCAGAACCAACUCAUGGCCAGAAAUGCUAUGAACCAUCAUAGUUUAUGUGGAGUAGACACACUACUGGAUAUCUUUAAUCUCAUACCCUUCACCUCUUGAGAUUUGUAACCUCUUUAUGUGCUCCAUAGCAUCCCCUGAAUGUGUUGUCAGUUAAAGAUGAAUUUAAGGUAGUAUUUGAUUGGAUACGGUAUAUUCAAACUGGGGUAUAUCUAUUCUUUAGGUUUAAUUUGACCUAAAUAGUAAGCAUUUCCAUUGGUGGACAUGCCUCCUCUUGACUAUACCCUUACUUAUUACAAGUAUACUGAAUGUCACUGGCUUCAUGACUAAUACCACUAACGUUUUGUAUAUUGGAAAUAAAAUCAAUUUUAUUACAAAUGUACACUAGUAAUUGAAAGUAUUAAUGACUAACAAAAAAUAGCAAAGGGACAGGUUUUGUUGUUUAAUGGUUCAGUCCACGUGCAGCUUAAAAUUAUAUAUUGUGCUGUAUAUUCAACAAACGGCCAUGGAAAAGAAACAGACCCAUGUUAUGGGUUCUAUCUGCUGGGUCAGUGACCCCUGGAGCUGUCGGUAACACACUUACAUACGCACAAAAAAAACACACACACAUCAAAAUUUGUUUAUGCAUCACAUGAGCCACCAUGACAGAUCUGCAGGCAGACCAUGGUGUUAACACUCAUCAGAUUUUUUUUAAACAUCAGCAGUGGCACACAGUCUUAAUUUGACCAGGAAAGACACUCAAGCCUAAGCGUCUAUUCCUGACUGCUGCUUUUCCAGAUAGUUCCUCAAUCUCCUUUUGGCCUGUCAGCAUGCUUGUCAGCACGAUAUUUGUGCUUUAUCAGUCAGAAGUGUUUCAUCAGUCCGUCUGUCUGGCCACUCUGUGACCAGUCCUCUGUCCCAUGUUUUAAUUUGCCCUUCCAGCAUUGCUGCAAAGUCCUACUCUGCAGUAGUCUCCCUCUUCUCAUCUCAUCCACCUCACCGGCAGAACAUGUUCUGUCAACAAUUAAUAUAAGCCUUUGUGCUGAAAGACAUCCACAGAGGCUUGCUAGGAGAAAUGCAUUUGUCUGCUUAUGCUGUUUUAAAUCAGGGUUUAGGUGAGUACAAGGAGAAAUGCUGGUUAACGUGAUUGACUGUAGUAUGCAGUCUAAAGAAAAACCAUGAGGGAAUGACGAGAUUGAGUCAAGCCGUCUUACUCAUCCUUACUAUGUGGGUAAUUUAUGUAAGCACUACUUUCUUUGUCUUCUGCAACAUAUAGCUUCCUUACUUGUGUUCCUACAGUUCUAAUGGCUGUAUGCCAGAAGACAGGCUUUACUUUGAAGUAUUUCUAAAAAAAAAAAAAAUUGUUGGCCAACCAACACUUUGUAAAAUCUCCACGACUUUGGAAAGCAUUGCUGAUUUUCUGAGAGUGAUGGAUGAGUGGUAGCAUGUAAAUCAAGAAAUCAACUCAAAUGCCAUAUUGAGUCAGUUGGUUGCUAAUUAUUAUGCCUAUCUGGAGGAUUUAUUCACUCUGUUUCUCCUCCAUCUUUUCUAUUUUUAUUUGAGAUAACACAGAUAACCAAAGCUGAAAGCAUAAUAGAGAACUGAACUAAUUUCAUUGAGUGGAACUUGUGAGCAUUAGAGUCCUCUAGUAUCCAACACCCAUUUUUCAGGAGACAGAGGUCCCCCCUCGUUGGUGCAGGAGUGCAUUUGGCCUUCCACUUAGGAAGGAGGUUAUUGUUGAGCGAUACUUUAGCUGGAACUAGGCGAGGAGGUGAAAUAUGACACACAGGGGAAGACUCUUUCCAUUCAGACUGUUAGCUGCCAUCCUGUCCCCCAACAGAUGGCAGGCCAGCAGGCACAUCACUUUACCUCAGCCUGUCAACAGCCCUGUUGUUCUGAGCUUUGUUCAUACAGACAAAGAGGACCUGAGAGAGCUCAGGGAGGCCAGUAUGGUUCAACCUUCGCUGUGAGUAAUGAGCUGGAACCAGUAGCUGUUGUAGUAGAGAGGGCCCAUGGUUACACUUGGUCCUUUGAAUAAGUUGGCACUUUUCUUUGAUUUCAAGUUUUCUCUCUUUCUUUUUGCUGUUGUUUCUUGUGAUCUUUGAUUUGAAACCUUUGCUGUAAAUGUGCUGUGCCCAUUAUCACACAGCGGGUGACAUUCAAAACAUAGAGCUGUAAAGUUUGUGUAUCUUUACUCAUGCAUGACAAGUAGGUUGAGAUGAAUCCUCCAACACCACUCAUCUACAGUGACGGAAGAGUGCACACUACACACCCAGGUGUUUUUAUGACUGACUGUCCUCCAACAUCAGUAUGAGCUUAUGACGAGUAUGUAAAAAUAAUGCCGAAUCUUCUCUUUGUAAUAUUAAUCUGAAUCUACUGUGUGCUGCACUUUUCUGUGCCCAGACAAAGGCCAGUCAGUUCCUCUGUAAAACUAGCAGCUAUAGUGUUUAAAACAAAAGGACUGUUGUGUACUGUAUCCUUUAAAGUAUAUGCUCCUUUUCCCUUUAUUCUUUCCAUUUCUUUCUUUAAGAGAGAAAACAGAAGUCUCUGUUUUGAUGUUGAUGGUUUAAGCACAAGAAAGUGAUGCAUUGACGCGUGAGAAUGAGCUUUUUUCUCUAAAAGGCAUUAAUUGCUUAAGUGUUACAAACCUUUUAUAUAUAAAUCUUUUUUUAAAAGUGUUAUUCUUUUAUUUGCAGCCCCAAAUGUUAUUUUGCCUGUCACUGUGGAAAAAGCUGGGUUUGUUUUCCACAAAUAACUUUAUUUUUUUUUUUAUUGAAGUAUCAUUACAAUGCAUCAUUUGACUUCAUUUUAUGGACAAUUUUUUUCUCUUAUUUUUUCCUGUGAUAUACUUUACCUUGUUGUCCUUAAAUUUCACUUUGUGAUUUCUUUCUUUCAUGGCUGUAGAGCUGAAAUAGUUUCUUUGCUGUAGUGAAACUGAUAUGAAUGUGAAUAUCUAUUGCAAAAUAAAUGCAAUUACAAUGCAACCGCAA